GCUUGGGCAUGGUGAGUGAAAGUUGGAAUCGAAUCCGGGGUAGGAUAAUUUGAGCUUCAAGGAGAGACAAAAAACACACACACAAGCACAAUAUGACUCGCACGAGGGGAGGUUAUUACAAACACAAUACGAUAGUAGUGGUUUAUGUCACACACACACAAUGAAGAAAAAUAACAAAAAAACAAGGAACAAGUUCAGGGUUACAAGUGGAGAAGUGGGGCGAAAGAACUCCGCUCUGCCACAUGUCUCACUCGUUGGCUACCUCUCUCUGGUGGAAGGACCCGCGGCCUCAUUUAGGAGGAUGCCCUAGCGUCGAGGCAUAAGCUCGAGGAUGUCAGUCUGUCGGUCCAGCGCGGGAAGUGAAUCCCAUGAAGCUCCUCUCAAGGCGAUCCACCCUCUGGACGAGGGGAUCACCUGCUGGUGGUGGGGGUGGCUGUGCUGGGCGCUGGAGCGCUAGAUGCCGGCGGCGUCUGGGUGCACGAGCAGGUUCCUGCUCUGCUGGUGGUGGGACCUCGAGGUUAUGCUCCACUAGAGCCAGGUCAACUGCCGCUCGGAUGACUCCUGAAGGUCGGAGUCCCUCAAGGUACUCCACUCCUCGCUCUCCCUGGAGUACCAGUUUCUGGUUUUACAAAGUCAGAUCCACCUGGAAGUGUCGGGCCAUCCUCGUGACGAGGCCCUCCAUAUGCAUGGUGUCCACUUUGUUCCUCCACAAACACCGAGCGAAAGAAGUGGCGAUCAGCGAUCCCAGAUGGAUUGGCUCUGUUGGACUCCUCAUGGAGUAGUGAGCAAUGAGCCAUUUGUUCGUCAUCAAGUGGUCAAACUGGAGGCUGGGGAUGAUUGAGCGGCUGAAUAGAGUGUGGAGGAUCCUCCUAGGAGUCCUUAGCUUUACCGCAUUGGUGCGGCUCCCCUCGAAUUCGUCCUGCUCAUGCUCAGAGCGACAUAGGGCUUAGAAUGCUCCCUGAUAGUUGAAGUCGACGGUUUACUGCCGCUCCAUCAUCGUCAAGUGAGUGGGGUCAAGCCCCAUGGUCUGAGCAAAGGUUUCGUAGAACAGAACUUGUGGCUGACCUCCCAGCAUGAACUCCACCCUCGGUCAACUCUUCUUACUUGCCGGGAUGAUGUGGGACAAGGUGGAGUAGAACUCCACACACAACUCGUGGUAGAUCUCCUCAUCCAUCGUCAAGAGCUAGCGCCACUAGGGGAGACAGAGCACCCCGGUCAUCGCGGCUCGACACCUGAACAAGUUGAGCAUGUCUAGGUCUAGCCACUAGUGAGGCCCAAUCGAGCUACCACUCUGGUAGGCAAACUUGUCUCCAAAAUCCGGGUGGUGCACCAAAUAUCAAUAUGUAAUCGUGCUCCAAGUUAAGCAUCCAGCACAAAUUGAUAAACAGACACCAUACGUGGAAACAAUCAUCAGAAAAUGCCCAUUGGGAGGAAGAGAGAUCCCCCACACUUGUUUUUCCACCAUGGUUAUCAAACAUUUAAGCUCAAACCACCGUGGCAUGGUUGUGGGUAAUUCACGGAUCAAGCACACGAAAAAUUGAACCAAAAUCCAAACCACGACAGCUACCAUCCACCAAUCAAGCAUAAAACUUCACUUGCAUUCAUAACAUAGCACAUGGUGGGCCAAUUCUAAAAAUAUAGGCAAUUCGGAUCAAACACGCCCACCAAGGCUCAACUAAGCUCAAGCAAAAAUCAUUCCAUCAUUCAAUCAACCUAAUUCACCUAAUUCCUCGCCCUAAAUCUAGGUUCAACAUGCAAAGCAUAAAAAUCAUCCUCACUUCACUACCUAAUCCGAUUCUCCACAAAUUAAUAAGGUAAAGCUGAAAAA